AGGAGACUUGCUCUGAUUGGAACAAAGCAAAGGCAACAGAUUCUCAGACAUCUCAUCAUGGGCAAAUAUGUGAAAAAGACAAAGGUUGCAAAAAACAAGUCGACCACGAACAAAGGGGCAGUAAAGGUGGAGCAGAAGCGAAAGAAGGUCAAAGCGAGGGCAAAAGCUGCAAAGCAGAAACGUCUCGCCCAAUUCGCAAGUGACCGCUCUGCUCGCUGCCAGGAUGUAGAAAACGAAGAUGAAGAAAUCACAAUGGCCGUAGAUUCAGAAUCCAGGAAUUCUGGUGAGAAGCUUGUGUCCUUUUUGGAGAGAGCGAAGAGUGAGAAGAAGGCCACGGAAGCAGUGAAGAACAUCGUCCGAGAUAGCCGAGGCCAAAGGCCAGAAGUUUUGGGUGUCGCGCUGGGGCACUUGGCUGGUCGCGGUCUCGCGCAGUGUGUCAAGAUUUUGAUCGAGAACGGUGCGCUGCUGAACAUACAGGACCCUCACAAGGCGGCUGGUAGGUCCACACCAUUGCAAUUGGCCGCAAGCAGGGGUCAUGUGCACACAGUUCGCUUCCUUGUCGAAGCUGGUGCAGACAAGGCAGGCGCAGUGGAAGCUGCCCGAGAUCUUAACAACUUUGGAACCGUCUUCGCCGAGGAGAGGAAAGCCAUCCUUGCCAUUCUGAGCAGAUGAACACAGAGUGAAAAAAUGAAAACCUUGUCUACGGAGUUCUGAGAUGUAGGCCACGCCAACUUCCUGCAGCGAAUUGACAGCCUUUGAAGUCUCAACUUUGAUAGCAAUA